CCGGCAAAGCGCCGGGGAUGGCUCCUUGCCCUGCUGUCCCAGGCUGUGGCGAGAGCUGCUGCCGGAAAAGCGGAGCAGGCGACUGGGGGCCAGCCGAGCUCCGGCUGCCUCUGCCGGGCUCCGUAGGAGGAGUGACGGAGGGGGAGGCUCCGCUCGCCUCUGCCAAGUGCGAUAAGAGCAGGCGUCCCAGCUCAGGGAAGCGCAGCAGACACCCUCGCUCGGCUCCCUGUCGGCCUUCCCAGGCUGCUUCCCUCGGAUACAGGCCCAGCCUUCAGGACUGUCCUCAGGCAGAGACCCACUGGUGGAGGAGGGCAACAUGGCAAAGAAGGUGGCCAUCAUCGGAGGGGGCAGCAGUGGGCUGUGUGCCAUCAAAGCCUGCCUGCAAGAGGGGCUGGAGCCCAUCUGCUUCGAAAGGACUGGGGACAUCGGAGGGCUCUGGAGAUUUGAGGAGAACCCCGAGGAGGGCCGUGCCAGCAUCUACCGCUCUGUCAUCAUCAACACCUCCAAGGAGAUGAUGUGCUUCAGCGACUUCCCCAUCCCUGAGGACUUCCCCAACUACAUGCACAACUCUAAAAUCAUGGAGUACUUCCGCAUGUACGCCCAGCACUUCGACCUGCUCCGCCACAUCCGUUUCAGGACCAGCGUGUGCUGCGUGUCCAAGCGCCCUGACUUCGCCACCACGGGGCAGUGGGAGGUGGUGACAGAGAGCGAGGGCAAGCAGGAGGCGGCCGUCUAUGACGCCGUGCUGGUGUGCACCGGGCACCACACGGAGGCACACCUCCCACUGAGCACCUUCCCAGGAAUUGAGAAGUUCAAGGGCCGUUACCUCCACAGCCGAGAGUACAAGGACGCACGGGAUUUUGCUGACAAGAGGGUCGUUGUCGUUGGGAUUGGGAACUCGGGGUCAGACCUGGCUGUGGAGAUCAGCCAUACAGCCAAGCAGGUUUUCCUCAGCACCCGCCGUGGCGCUUGGAUCUUCAACCGCGUUGGAGAUCAGGGCUACCCAAUGGACAUCCUCUUCAGCACUCGCAUAAAGACCUUCCUAAAGGACCUCCUGAGCUCAUCCAUGGUGAACAACUUUGUGGAGAAGCAGCUGAACGCCAGGUUUGACCACUCGCACUACGGCCUGAAGCCAAAGCACAGGAUCUUUGAUCAGCAUCCAACCGUUAAUGAUGACCUGCCCAACCGCAUCCUUUCAGGCAGGGUGCAGGUGAAGCCAAACAUCCAGGAGUUCACAGAGACGUCUGCCAUCUUUGAGGACGGCACCAGGGAAGACAUUGAUGCAGUGGUCUUUGCCACAGGAUACAGCUUCUCCUUCCCCUUCCUCGAGAGCUGCGUGAAAGUGGUGGAGAACCAGAUCUCCCUCUACAAAUUUGUGUUCCUCCCUGACCUGGAGAAGCCAACACUAGCCUUCAUUGGCCUCAUCCAGCCACUGGGUGCCAUCAUGCCCAUCUCUGAGCUCCAGUGUCGCUGGGCCACCCGUGUGUUCAAGGGGCUCAACAAGCUGCCCCCACGGCACGACAUGGAGGCUGACAUCAAGCAGAAGAAAGAAGCGAUGGCAAAGCGGUAUGUGAAGAGCCAGCGGCACACCAUCCAGGUGGAUUACAUCCCCUACAUGGAUGAGCUCGCCUGCCAGGUGGGGGUGAAGCCCAACGUGCUGGCCCUCUUCCUCACCGACCCCAGGCUGGCGCUGGAGGUGGCCUUCGGGCCCUGCACACCGUACCAGUUCCGCCUGCGGGGCCCGGGCGCGUGGGCGGGCGCCAGGGAGGCCAUCCUCACCCAGCAGCAGCGCAUCAUCAAGCCCCUGCAGACGCGGCAUGUGGUGGAGGAAGCUUCAGCCUCUGCUAUGCCCCUCAUCUUCAAGCUGGUCGGGAUCGUGGCCAUCUUUGCAGUUAUAUUUGCGUAUUUGUAGGUGCCCUACAAGUGCAGGAAGGGAGGUUUCGUGGUGUGCCGGGGGGCUGGACAGUCACCCCUGCCCUGCGGCAGCCUAUGCAUCCCAGUGCUGGCAGAAGCCCUCCUUCUGCCCAGCACUGCCCUGCCACUCCCACACUGCGAGAUUGGGGUGCAAAGAGCAUCCCCUGCUGCUGAAAUAACGCCUUGGCACCUGCUCUGCACCUCCUCCUGGGAGGUGCCACUUCUGGGGACGGACAAGGGAACCUGCUCCCAUGCAGGAUAAAAUCCUGUUCCCCUCGGGCAGCACUUUUGAUCCAGCAGUGACGCACCAGCUUUCCAGUCACCUAUAACCUGUCUCAGUCACCACUGGCACACUCACACGAGAGCUAAGCAGCAAAAGCACAGCAGACUUCCUAACCAGAUAAAAGCGUGUUGAACCAA